CACGCCGUUUAUCGCUCCCCGCGCUAAAUAUUUCGCUCCCCGCGCCUCUCAGGUCCCAACCCACCUCUCCCGCCGCCCUUGAGGCCGCCGCCGCCGCCGCCGCAAACUCGCCGGAGAAAGAAGAGAGUCCCCCAUUCCCCCCCGGGGACAUGUACGGUGGCAGUCCUCGCAAGGGCAAGCAACACGGCGGCCUCUCCAUGGACGCCGCCACCGCGGCGGGGCUCGCGGCGGUCUGGUCGGAGUACUUCCCGGAGGAGGGCGAGUUCUCGGCGGACAGCCGCAGCGCGCGCCUCGCCGCCGAUCUGGUCUACCUCUUCUCCUCCCCGGACGCGAGCGACCUGCUCUCACGAGUUGAAGGUGAUGGCGAUAUCCUCUUCCUUCCGCUUGAUUUCCAGCAGCUCUCGAAUUUGACCUGGAUUACUGAAGCUCUCCAGGAAAAUCCAAAAGAAGCCUUGCUUUGCAUGGGAGCCGCAGUUCAUCUGAUUGUGUGCGCUAUCAGGGACUUGCAGUUGGGCGACAUCAACAAAAUCAAUAUCAGGCUUUACAACCAUGCCAAGACUAUUGCUUUGAAGAAUCUAAAAGCGGCAUAUAUUAAGAAUCUUGUGACAGUGCGUGGUACAGUUUUAAAAGUAAGUACAGUGAAGCCUCUAGUACUGCAGCUGAAUUUCCAAUGCAUGAAAUGUGCUACAAAAUUCCCCCGUGUAUUCAGUGAUGGGAAGUUUUCACCACCAGUAUCCUGCAGUAUUCAGGGAUGCAAGAGUAGAACCUUCAUCCCAAUGAGAUCUACUGCAAAGUUGAUUGAUUUUCAGAAAAUAAGGAUACAGGAGCUUGCUAGUGGUGAAAGUCAUGAAGAAGGCAGAGUGCCGCGAACUAUAGAGUGUGAACUUACAGAGGAUCUUGUAGAUUGUUGCAUUCCUGGAGAGGUUGUAACAGUUACUGGAAUUGUUAAAGUCCUGAACAACUACAUGGACGUUGGAGGAGGGAAGUCCAAAAGCAGAAAUCAGGGUCUAUACUACCUGUACUUGGAAGCAAUUUCAGUAAGAAACUCGAGGGCCCAUGCUGCUUCAGCAAAUUCAGAUGCAAUUUCCACUACUAUUCAGACCACUGGAUCUUUCGGUUUUCAAACUUUUACUGAAAAGGAUCUCGAAUACAUCUCCAAAUUUAAAGAAGAACAUGGUUCUGAUGUUUUUCGUCAAAUACUUCAAUCAUUUUGCCCCUCCAUCUAUGGACAUGAACUUGUAAAAGCUGGUAUCACUCUUGCUCUUUUUGGUGGAGUUCAGAAGCAUUCAGUUGAUCAAAACAAGGUCCCAGUGAGGGGAGACAUCCAUGUUGUUGUUGUUGGCGACCCUGGACUAGGCAAGAGCCAACUACUACAGGCUGCAGCUGCUGUUUCCCCGCGGGGUAUAUAUGUUUGUGGAAAUACAACAACAAAUGCUGGUCUAACUGUUGCCGUGGUUAAAGAUUCUAUGUCAAAUGAUUAUGCAUUUGAGGCUGGUGCCAUGGUUCUUGCUGACCGUGGAUUAUGCUGUAUCGACGAGUUUGAUAAAAUGUUAGCAGAGCAUCAGGCUUUACUGGAAGCCAUGGAACAGCAAUGUGUAUCUGUGGCAAAGGCUGGUCUUGUGGCAAGUUUAUCGGCCCGUACUUCUGUUCUGGCGGCUGCUAAUCCUGUUGGUGGUCAUUACGACCGAGCAAAAACGGUGAAUGAGAAUUUAAAGAUGAGCGCGGCCCUCCUCUCUCGGUUUGAUUUGGUUUUCAUUUUACUUGACAAACCAAAUGAACUGAUGGAUAAGAGAGUAUCAGACCACAUAAUUGCACAGCUCCACUCAAAUGAUGGAGACUCUUUCACAGCCAACAAGAGGAUCAGAACAGUGCCUCAAUUUAUUGGGAGUACAGAUUCUGGUGUUAGUGAAAAUCCAUUAGCUUCAAGGCUGCGAUUGCACCCAGAGAAAGACAAGGAUUUCCGCCCAUUACCUGGACCAUUGCUUCGCAAGUAUAUAUCUUAUGCAAGAACCCAUGUUAACCCCCGAAUCUCCAUGCCAUCGCCAGCAGCUGAAAGUCUGCAAGAGUUCUAUUUGGGGUUGAGAAAGCAUAGUACUUCUGCUGAUGGCACACCCAUCACAGCCAGACAACUGGAAAGCCUUGUAAGGUUGGCAGAAGCUCGCGCACGAGUGGAUCUACGGGAAGAAGUGACUGAAGAAGAUGCUAAGGAUGUUAUAGCUUUAAUGAAGGAAUCCUUACAUGACAAAUAUGUUGAUGAGAAUGGCUGUGUGGACUAUACUCGCAGUGGUGGAAUGAGCCAUGAAAAGCAAGCAAAGAAAUUUCUGAGUGCCUUAAACAAAGAGUCCGAGCUGCAGCAAAAGGAUUUGUUUUCAAUUAAGGAGAUGUACUGCUUAGCUGAUCGUAUCAGCUUACAAGUUGCAAAUGUAGAUGCUAUUGUGGAUAAUUUGAACACUGCUGGUUAUAUUCUGCGGAAGGGAUCAAACGUUUAUCAGGUAAGGACCUCGUCAUACCAGGGGAGUCAAGCUACAUGGUCAAGAUGCUGAUACAGGAGGCAGUCUAAUUCUAUUCGGCUUCUCAAGGCUGCACGGUGAUGUACUCAUAUACAUAUCAUAAGAUAUUAAGAUGUGUGGACUAAUGUGUGCUUAUAGCAGUGCUACAGAGGCUCCUGCUAUAGACAAAACAACAAUUUUGUAUAGAACUUACUAUUUGAAAAUCAAAUGUCCAGAUCGUUAUGUACUACCUCUAUUUCAUACUCUA